AUGAAGAUCGCUGUCCUCUGCUUUACCACUGUCUUCCUCAUGACUCAGGUUCUACCAGUCAGGGGCAAGUUCAAAGAAAUCUGUGAACGCCCAAAUGGUGUUUGCCAAUUGUAUUGCCUUGAAACGGAAGUCUACGUUGGGAGGUGUUUAAACAGACGACCGUGCUGCCUGCCCAUGGGGAAUCAACCCAGAGUUGAAGACGUCACACCCAAGAGCUGA